GAUGACGCCGAACCAACAACUGACGGGAUUAAUGUUCACGAAGGAAUACGAAAUGGACGCAAGCCUGAUACUGGUGUGGUUCAUCGCUACUUUCAGCGUGGCAGCUGGCGCUUUUUGGGCAGGAACCGUUAGCGACCAGAUCUACCGCUACCACGUGUACAGAGCGAGAAAGCUGGCGGCCAUGCCUUCUCGACGAGCCGUAGUCGAAGCGCGCAAGCCAAGCCAGCCCGCUGCUGAAGCUGGUGCUGUCGGUGCCGGAGCUGGUGGUGGUGCCGCUGGUGCUGGUGCUGCUGCUAGGGAGGGCGGCGCUGCUGGUGCAGGUGCCGUCGCUGCUGGCGGCGAUGUCUCCAAACGAGACGUCGUCGACACGAAGCGUCUGACUGAUACCAGCGUCGACGACAUCGACAUCGAGCUUACGCCCGUCGGCAUUCUCGUUUUCGUGAUUUUCAUGUCCUCCUCGCUCGUCGUAAUCUACCUGCUCAUCCAGUACCUUGUGUAUGUCAUUAUCGGAAUGUUCGUGCUGGCAUCGUCAGUCGCCCUCAUUGGCGUGCUCGAACCCCUGGUCCACAGGCUGCCUGUCGGCACCACGAAGGUGCCCAGCUCCGUGCUCCCUUGCUUCUACGUCCAGCUGGAGGUGCGGCAGGUGUGCGUGAUAGUGCUAUCCGUCGGCGUGGCCUUUUCGUUCGUCGUCAUCCGGCACAACCCGAAGUCCUGGUUGCUGCAGGACGCGCUGGGCAUCAUAUUCUGCGUCUACAUGAUCAAGACCCUGCGCAUGCCCAACCUUAUGGUUAUCUCCGUCUUGUUGAUCUUGCUCUUCUUUUACGACAUAUUCUUCGUCUUUCUCACACCAUUCAUUCUGCCAAAAUCAAACCCUCACAACGAUACCAACAGCUUCGCGAAGUCAUCGGGGAGAGGCGACAGUAUCAUGGUGGAAGUAGCCCGAGGCGGUGGCAGCGAUGAGCUCAUACCGAUGGUGAUGCGAGUUCCUCGGCUCGGCGACCACGACCUUGCCGCUUGCUUCGGGGAGUGGUCGCUGCUCGGACUCGGCGAUAUCCUUAUUCCCGGGUUCUUGGUUGCAUAUGUGCACAGUUUCGACCUGAUCGCGUCUCAGCGCCGCCUCUAUUACACUACCACAGUGAUCGCAUAUGGCGUGGGCCUGGUGGUGACGUUCGUCGCUCUGUUCCUCAUGAAAACCGCGCAGCCCGCGCUGCUGUACCUCGUGCCUGCAACCCUGAUACCCGUCGUGGUCAUUGCCCGACAUCGGGGAGAGUUGCACGACAUCUGGUACGGAUUCAAGCCUGCGACGCCUCCGCCGUCGGAGGAAGACGCCGAGUCACCUGCGGUCGACCAAGGGAAGGAACAGCCGAAGGAUUCGCGGCGCAAGUCCCUCGAUAGCUCGGAGGGGGCCGCUUCGACUGAAGAAGCCGGCUCCCCUGUCGUAAAGACUCCUGCCGCCGGUUCGGCUGCGCAGCCACAGCGUGUCGAGAUUCUCCACGUGAUAAGUUUUACGAGCCAGAGCAGCUGUGAAAAGCCAUAUGGAAUCGACCUCAAGAAUAAAGUGGUUCUCAUUCAAGACACCGGCAACUGCACUCUGCAAAAAGCCAUGCAAAUAUACAAGGACGCCGGAGCUUACGGCCUCAUAAUUGGGCUUGCCUCCAACAAGAUCGAUGAUAUAAGUGUCGAGAAGACGGCUUCAUCUGUGACGGACCUGGUACUCAUAUUUGCAACAAACAAAACGGCUGCAUUUCUUGGGAAAAUAAUGAUACCGAAGCAACCAUUGCCGGCAAAAUUCUUCACGAAGAACAUGGAAGUGGACCCUGGCCUGGCCGUGAUUUGGUUCCUCGCAGUCUUAUCUGUGGGGAUUGGUUCGUACUGGUCGGGAAACAUCAGGCAUCAGGUGUGA